AACUCAACGCCUCAACGCCUCAACGCUCAUGCAGCUCAUGCUUCUUCUGUGAUCGCAGUGCGCGCACUGCGCUUGUGCCCGUUAGUACCGAGUACUGUUUGUACAAGGCUGGUACUAUCAGUCAUUGCUAGUCUUCUGUAGUUACAGAGCCCCCGUUUAGCCGUUCAUCACCUUGUGUUCACUUACGGAGCUACUUUCAACAGCCUGUGUUCCUUGCUCGGAUAUGGGUGACAAAGAAAAUCAGCCUCAAAACUCGACUGCUGCUGACGGUAGCUCGCAAGCAAAGACCGAUGAUGCCUCAAAGAAGAAAAGGGCGAGCGCGGAGUGGCGCCUGCAGGAUUUCGAAAUAGGAAGGCCGCUGGGCAAAGGAAAGUUCGGAAAUGUGUACCUAGCACGGGAGAAGAAGAGCAAGUUUGUUAUUGCCCUCAAGGUCAUGUUCAAGUCCCAGCUGCAGAGUAACAAUGUUGAACACCAGCUACAAAGGGAAAUUGAAAUCCAAUCACACCUCAGGCACCCACAUAUCCUGAGGCUAUAUGGGUAUUUCCAUGAUGACACUAGAGUAUAUCUUAUCCUUGAGUAUGCUCCCAAAGGAGAAUUGUACAAAGAACUCACCAAGGCCAAGAUGUUUGAUGACAAGAAGUCUGCAAGUUACAUCUAUCAAGUCUGUGAUGCCCUGAAGUACUGCCACAGCAAAAAGGUCAUACAUCGAGACAUAAAACCAGAAAACAUCCUUAUUGGCGCCAACGGUAUGCUCAAGAUUGCAGACUUUGGUUGGUCUGUACAUGCCCCAUCAUCAAGGCGCGCCACCAUGUGUGGCACCAUGGACUAUCUUCCGCCAGAGAUGAUCGAAAACAGUGUCUACGAUGAAAAAGUGGACCUCUGGGCCGUUGGUAUCCUGAUCUACGAGUUCCUUGUAGGUAGGCCCCCAUUUGAGGCAAACACUACUGCAGCGACGUACGACCGAAUUCGCCGUGUGGACCUUCGGUUUCCAGCUCACGUCUCGGAUGAUGCCAAGGAUCUUAUUUCCAGGCUACUGAAAAAGGAUCCUAAGCAGAGGCCAACCAUUGAAGAAGUUAUGGCGCAUCCUUGGGUCACAAGCAAUCUGGAACCUAGCUUGUAAUUGUAUAAUAUUAAUAGACUUGUAUAAGAGUUUAAAUUGGAGUAUUUCCUAAUCUAAAAUCUGCAAAGUUUACAGGAGUUUUAGGUUAGCUAUCUACAGAGAUUUAGAGUAGGAAAUACUUUGAAAAUUUAAACUCUGCGUGUACAUAUUUGUGCUUUUUUUUUUUUCAUUUUGUGACAUCGCAGGUAUCCAUUGGCCAUGGCUGAGCAGCCUGAUGUGCUAGGACGCUACUUUGAAUAAAUGCACUCCUCUCUCUCUCUUUUUUUUUUCUUCCAAACUUUGCUGCUCCCAUGGCAUUUUAUAGUUUUAAUAGUGUUUUACCUGUACGACCUGUCACAAAAUCUGAUGUGUUGCUAUUCAUUUGAAGCCCUGCUGUAAGGUCCUUGGGCAAUUAUAGCACGGUGGCGACAAUAAAGAAUUGUGA